AUGUGGAAGGUCCUUGCCAUUCUCGGCGUGGCCAUGACGGGGCUUUUGAAAGGGUGUGGGUGCGACCGUGACAAGAUCAUUUCCUGCGCCACCACCAAAGCAAUUGCGAGUUCAUCGGUGUGUGGCGAGUCGGGAUACUCGAAAGUCAUCAGCGGCACCACCACUGUGGCGGCCUGUUGCCAGGCCCUCAAAGAGGCUCAGGAUUGCUAUUUGGACGGUUGUGAUUGCAAUACGGAAUGCGCUGAAAGGGACAAGGCAACCGGUUGCCCCGUCAGCGGGAAACUAAGUGACCCGAUCACCUUCUGGGUGGCUUGGCAGCUGCAAAACGACAUGAUUAGGAAAAUGCCUGGGUGA